AUUCUAUUACUGAAUCAUGUACCAAAACGAUUACCAGAAAUUCUCGGCUUCACCUCCGCCCUCAGCGCCUCCUUAUACCUCCAGUCAACCCGCGAUGGCCACGGGUAUUCCGAUUAGCUCCACCGGUGGUCUUCAACCUGGAACUGAGGUCCCUUGGUCCACCGGCCUUUGUGAUUGCUUCUCGGACGUCACAAACUGUUGUAUCACGUGCUGGUGUCCAUGCAUUACUUUUGGGCAGAUUGCUGAGAUCGUUGAUAAAGGAACAGUGAGUUGUUUUGCAAGCGGCGCCAUUUACGCAGCACUUACAUAUUUCACGACCUGCGCCUGUCUCUUCUCCUGCUCGUACCGCACCAAAUUGAGGAAGCAGUUGAUGUUGAAAGAGAGCCCUUGUGGAGACUGUCUUGUUCAUUUCUGUUGCGAGACAUGUUCUUUGUGUCAGGAGUACCGCGAGCUCACUCACCGUGGUUUCGACAUGUCCCUCGGAUGGGACGGAAAUAUGGAGAGACAGAAUCGUGGAGUGGCGAUGGCUCCCGUGGUGGAGAGAGGAAUGCAGCGCUAGUGUGGACGAUCUGCUUGUAUAUGUUUUUGGACCAGACAAUAUUAUGCUAUGAUGUGUGUUCGUGGCAGCGUGUCGAUCACUUAUCCCGUAUCCAGAAUGGUUGGCCGCAAUGUGCUAAAAUGAUUUCACCACCGAAUUAAUAUUAUCACCCUGUAACCAAUCCAUUUCUAGCAAUCUGUUUCUAAUCGUGUUAUAAAUGCUUGUAAUAGUGAAUGUUAAUUACCAUUGUAUUAAUUUCAGUUAUGAAAAUUCCUCUUAGUCAUGCUUACCGUA